AUGUCCUGCCAUUCUUCAGCAACUCCUGUGAUCCCUGGCGGGUUCAACGAUAGCGACAGCAGCACUGACUACGGGUCUGACUUCUCCCCGGAAGAAGAGGCGCUGCUGAACGACUUGCUCGCCAAGGUCGCCCCAGAUCCUGACGCCACCACCAUUGCAGCAACAGCAACAGUAACACCAGCACUUUCGCAACAACCUUCACCUGCUGUCACGCCCGUCGCUCGAGACAUCGAAGACCAGUAUGCGGCUCCCUCGAGUAGCCGGGUGCCUCGGGUACUGGGGCGAGAGAAGCCUGCAUGGCAGGUUCGGUCAUCUCAGCAGGGUGGCGCGAGACCAGCGCCGAUUCCAGGCUACAUUCGUACCGCGUCUGGUAGUUUUCCUCCUUUUCAUCUUUGUGGUUUUCUAUUCAGGCUGACACUGAACUCGAAGCGUUUAGUGGAGCAUCCGGAUUCGACUGAAGGGCGUGAGAAAGAACGCGAACGACAGGCCGCUCGUCAUGAAGAACGGAUAAAAGAUGUGAAUGCUGAGUUGGAUACUCGGUCGCCGGUGGAACGAUUUCGGCGCCCUCCGCAUAAGGCUUUCUCGGUCACGGAUCUGAUUUCGCCGGCGUGGUGCGAGCUGCAGUACUGGUAUACGCUGACGAAGUUCGGGAGGAAGCGGAGGACUCCCGCGAUGAAGCUGGGCAGUACGAUUCACAAGACGCUCGAGGAUGAGAUCUACAUGACUGUUCCGGUGGAGAUUACGACCAAAGAGGACGCGCUGGCGCUGCGCAUUUGGAAUAUCAUCCAGGGAUUGCGCACGCUGAGGGAGUAUGGCAUCACGCGUGAGCUGGAGGUCUGGGGCUUGGUGGAUGGGGAGCUGGUCACCGGUGUUAUCGAUCAGCUCUCUUACGAGUGUCCAGACCCCAAGCUGGAGGCGACGGCGGCUACGUACUAUGCCGAUAUUGAGGCAUCCAGGGCCAUCUUGCCCGAGUACCAGAUGUCGCUGACGGAUUACCUGCUCGCGUCGGGAGGUGGAAAGCUCCUGUCUGACGUGUACGAGCAGGAGGACAAUGCGCCGAAAGCGGACGACUCGGUCAGCAGCAGCCAGGAGUCCAACGUGCCUCGUAUCCCUCGGAUCUAUCUCACAGACGUCAAAACGCGAGGCAAAGGCUCUGCCCCAACGGUCAAGAGCACCUCGUUCCGACCCACGCUGCUUCAACUCCAACUCUACUACCACAUGCUCAACCGCCUGGCCACCAGCGACGACGUAACCAUCGACCUUCUUGCCUCGCGGUACAACCUGGACGCCAACCGCCCGUUCACCGACGCCUUCAUCAGCGAAGUCGGCGGCCUCAACGACCAAUACUUUGACGCCCUGGCCUCGCAAGAAUUCGACCCCGACUACAUCCCCACCCCACAAGACGCCAUCGAGCACCGACAGCCCCCGCACUCCUCCCAGUCCUCAUCUACAUCACAAUCUCAGUCCGCUACCAGCCAGGACUCGACCAGCAUCCUCCUCACUCACAACACCCUCACCUCUCUCUGGAGCCUAAUGAAAGAACAAUUCCGUCUCACCUUUUUUCCCUCCCCCGACUCCCUCUCCGUGGCGCCCUCCAUCCCGUCCGAAUUCCAGCCCCGCAUGCUAGAACCAUACCCGACGAUCCUCUCCCCUCUCCUCACAGCCCGAUACAUUUCCUCUGCUCCCACCGCCGACCUUCACCCCAAGGUCCUGGGCAGUCGGUCCUUCCUCUUCGACCCCACCUCCAUGACUUCGUACAUCACCGACCAGAUGCACUGGUGGCGUGGGGAGCGCGAUCCGCGGGGAGUCGAGGUGAUGGAGGCGUGGAAGUGCCGCAUCUGCGAGUUCAAGGAUGAGUGCUCGUGGCGACAGGAGCGGGAGUGGACGUAUGCAAGACGCAGCAUGGGGAGAAAGGCGGAGGAGUAUGAUGUUAAUGUUUGA